UGUGUCUUAUUGGCGGAGGAAUGCUUGUUACCAACUCCUUUUAAGUUCCCAAAUUCCCACAACACAAACACAUAACACAUCACAAUUCAACACCCUGGGUGGGGGGUGGGGGUUGCCAUUUGCCAAAUGGAGAGGCACAAAUGCAAGCUUUGCUCAAGAACAUUCCCCAAUGGAAGAGCACUCGGUGGCCACAUGAAGGCUCACUUAGCCACCCUUCCCCUCCCUCCCAAACCUCAACCUCUCUCUUUCUCUUCUUCAGAAGACGAACACCAUGCACCCGCACACAGAGAAUCCGACGAUAAGGCUCUCAUUUAUGGCCUGCGAGAGAACCCCAAGAAAAGUCUCAGACUCGCAGAUCCCGGGUUCUCUUUCCCCGUCGACACUGGCUCCGUCGUUCAAGACAGAGAGAGCGAGACCGAGUCAAAGAACCCAACUCGCCGACGAUCCAAGCGAACUCGGAAACCCGUUCAAGCCCAGAAUUUGGAGGAGCCCAAAAGGCCCAAACUGAGUUUCAUGGAGUCACCGACCGAGCCAGAACCGCUGAGCUCUGUUUCCGACACUUCCCCUGAAGAAGACGUUGCCAUGUGUCUCAUGAUGCUGUCCAGGGACAGGUGGAGGAGGAACAAAGUUGUUGCUGUCAAGGAAGAAGAAAAAUCUGUUGAAAACUCAAAGGGGUUGUUAGAAGAAGAGAUCAAGUUCAGGAGAGUCCGCGGGAAGUUCCAGUGUGACAACUGUGACAAAACGUUUCAAUCUCCACGAGCAUUGGGAAGUCACAAAAGCAUAUGCGUUCACGAUGAAGCAGGUAACAUUAACAAUAACGAUAAUGAAAGAAUCUUUGAAUGCCCGUUUUGUUCAAAGGUGUUUGGGUCUGGUCAAGCACUCGGUGGCCAUAAGAGAUCUCACCUCAUGCCUUCUUCGUCUUCAACCGCUAACAAUUCUCCUACAAGAUUGAAAGAGAGCUUCAUAGAUCUCAACUUGCCGGCUCCGGCUGAAGAUGACGACCUUAGUGUUGUUUCAGACGCCUAAUUUGCUUCAUUCAUUAUGAUGAUAAUUACUUGUUAUUUCUUGGAUUGGGUAAAGUAAAUGGUGAAGUUUUUUCUUUUUUUAAUUUUAUUUUAUUGUAUUUUUUGCUGGUAGGUAAAAGCAUUUCAUUUUCUUUAUUGUUAGAUCGAAUGGUUUUGAUGGUACAAUGAUAGCUUAUAAUUUAUGUUUUCACCAACUGUCUGUUACUUAUGCCUAGACUCUAAGGAGUUACAUAGUACUAAAUCGCCAUGUAGCAGUUGGGUUCAUUGUACUCAUCUUGGCACGAUAUACUAGAAGCAUUCAUAGUUGUUG